CCCACGUGAUAUGAUGGUUGAAUUUACAAUACAUGUGGUAGAUGUGAGUAGGUGUAAUUUGUUAAAUGUGAGAUUUUAUAUUUAAUGACACAGAAAUAAGUAGUUAUGGCUUCAUAUCGUAUACAUAAUAUCAGGUUUUAUGAUUUGGAACCGAAAUCCGUAACUUGCUUGUGUCAUGAACCAAAAACGAAAAAAUUAGCUCUCGCAAGAAAGGAUUACUCCAUAGAAAUUUGGAAUGUUGGGAAUACUCCAUUCGUCGAAUGCAUUAUAGCCGGUCAUAUUGAGAACUCAGUGGAUAGCAUACUCUGGAUCGGUCCCAGAUUGUUCUCGACUGGUCCACAAGGUGCAGUAGUAGAAUAUGACUUGACGACGCAAACAAUCAAGCAUGAAGUCAUGGUGAUGGGAGGUGCAGCUUGGUGUAUGGAUGUGAAUCACGAGAAAACUCGUUUAGCAGUUGGUACAGAAGAUGGAUAUAUUAAUAUUUUCACUAUCCACGAAGAUAAACUAAUUUAUGAUGGAAUAUUUGAUAAGCAGAUAGGGAGAAUUUUGUGUAUUAAAUGGGACAACACAGGGGAGAUGAUUUAUACAGGUUCUACAGAUACCAUCAGGGUGUGGAAUGCUAUAUCUGGACAUGCAAUACACAAAAUGACGACUGUUCGAAGUAACAUCAGAAAAAAUACAACAAUGUGGUGCCUUGCAGUUACAGAUGACAAUAUAAUAAUUUCAGGUGAUUCUAACGGUUUCUUAUGUUUCUGGGACCCUCAAGCAGGAAUAUUAAUAGAAUCUCAUGAAAGUCAUACAGCUGAUAUAUUGGCUAUUGCUUUGUCACACGAUAUGAAUGUUUUAUAUUGCGCUGGUGUGGAUCCAGUUGUAAGAAGUUUCUGCAAGGUUACUCUAAAAUCAAGUGGAAAGUCUCAAUGGGUAAAAGGAAUUGAGAGGAGAUUGCAUGUCCACGAUGUCAGAGCGCUUGUAGAAGCCAAUGGAAAACUCUAUUCGGCUGGAGUAGAUGGAUAUUUAGCUGUGUCUAGUUAUCCGCCAAAAAAUCUUGUAAAAUAUCCCCCUUUACUUCAACCACCUUGUGCUAUAGUUUGUCGAAAAUCUAGAUGUAUUUUGUUGCGAUACACAAACUAUCUGGAGCUGUGGAGACUUGGUUCAGUCACUAAAGACUGUCCAAAAUUAAUAGGCACUUCUAUGUUGCAUCAGUUGGACAAGGAACCUAUAAAACUGUUGCAAUUAGAAACAAAGAGUGGCGAGAGCAUUGUAUCUUGCGCCAUUAAUAAAGAUUCAAAAACAAUCGUGUAUUCAACAGACACGCACGUCAGAGUUUUCAAUUUUGAUGUAGUAGAUGGAGAUGCUCAAUUAUCCAAGAAUGACAUUGAUUUAUCUAUGAAUCGAAUACAAAAGAUGUUGUUCAGUCCAAAUGGCAAGUUAUUUGCCGCUAUUGGCAAUAAUGGAAGCGAGAAUAUUGUAACGCUAUUCAAAGUGCAUAAGAAAAGUCUAAGAUUGAUCGGCUUGUUUCCGACAAUGAAGGAAUCUAUUACAAAUGUCAGUCUCGUGUGUUUCUCUCCAGAUAGCAAAUAUCUUGUAUGUGCAGAUCGACAAUGCGCGAUUGCCAUAUAUUUCAUUGACAACGGUGUAACAGCAGGAUCACUUAAGGCAUGGCAAUUGCCCAAGUACAGCUGCCCUCCGACGGCGAUGGCUGUGCAGAAAAACACGCUCAAUUUGGUUAUAGUUUACUCCGAUCAUAAGAUCGUCGAAUACAAUAUACCUAGGAGGCAAUACACAGAAUUUUCUAAUAAUUUGCAAAAUCGACUAUCAAAGCAAUGGUUAGCGCGUCCAUUUCCAAUAAUAAAUAUUAUAUUCGACCCUCAUAACGAAAAUGUCAUAAUCAUGCAGGACGAUUCAAGCGUGUACAUUAUUAAUAAGAUCAACGAUCUGCCAGAAAAAGAAGCAAAAAUUCUAAAACGUGAAAAUGGAGAAAAUACAGAAGAUAGCAAUUCAAUUUUAAGCUCACAAUUUCAACACGCAUUCCAAGUUACCAAAAAAUAUAAGCAUCUCGUCUACUUAAAUUGGUUGAACAAUGAAGAAUUGGUUGCAGUUGAAGUAAAUCCAGCCUCCUUGACUGAAAAAUUACCACCCACACUAAAACAAAAAUUCUUUGGCGUGUAAAUCUUGAGUAUGAAAUCUGCUGCAAAAUAUUAGUAAGAAAUAAAAAUUUUUUGUUUUAAUAUUA